AUGAAAGUUUUCAAUCUCCACCAAACCAUUUUACAACUGCUGAUGGCUCUUAAAACUAACAAUAUCCCUAGUUAAAUUACCAUCCUCCCUGGGCCUAUGCCUAACCCUAGAUCAAGUGGGUCUGAUAAUGUAGCAUUCAUAAAGAGAGUAUUCACUGAGAGGCCAAUAAGAAUGAAAUGUGGAAAUUGCGGCUCAGAUGAUUUUACUAAGCCUAAGACCUUUAAUGGUGCAGCAUCAUGGGGCAGUUGCAUUUUAUUAUUCUGCUGUGGAUUCCCAUUAUGUUCAUGCAUUCCAUUGUGCAGUCCGUGUUGCUGGGACGCAGAGCAUCACUGCCAAAAAUGUGGUUACUAACCAGUCAACAAUGAAAAUUAAGACUACACUUAAGGCCAGCCAAUAUAUGGCUAGCCAGUAGGUUAUGUUCCAUAAAACCCCUUUGAACCAGGAUACAAUGAGUAUCAGGCUAGACUGAGAUAGAUGGAAGCUAAUGGAGGAUAUUUACCUCCAACAGGAAGAUAAAAUCAUUCUACUGACAAUUAUCCUAAACCAUAAUAAAGAUAUAUGAGUGGUUUCAGUUAUAAUGAUAGACGCCAUCGCUCAAACAGUGAUGUCAAAAUAGUAAGAACUAAUGAUCCAGUCUCACUUUACUGCGAAAAUUGUCAAGCAUAAGUUAAUACAUAGGUUAUUUCAUAUCCAGGGCCUUACGCUUGGGGUGCUUGUGCCGUUUGCUGUUUGAUGGGAUGCUUUAUCUGUUGCUGCGUUCCCUUGUGUCUAGACCCUCUUAAUCACUCUCGCCAUUUCUGUGACAGAUGUAACAAACUCCUAGCAGAAAAUAAUUGA